GCGGGGAAUGCGGCGGCCGCGGAGCAAGGCUGCCGGCAGGCCGGGAAGCGGAGCUGUGCCGGUCGGCCGGUCGCCGUCCUCCCUCAGCCGCCGGAAGUGAGCUCCGCCACUCCUUCCGCGCGGCCCGGGUCCUCACCCGGCCCCCGAGCGCGCGGCGGCCGGCGGCGGGCCUCGGCGUGGGGCCGCCAUGGACUCGGCGGCGCUGGAGCGGGACGCGGUGCAGUUCGCGCGGCUGGCGGUGCAGCGCGACCACGAGGGCCGCUACUCGGAGGCAGUGUUUUACUACAAGGAAGCUGCACAAGCUUUAAUUUAUGCUGAGAUGGCAGGAUCAAGCCUAGAACAUAUUCAAGAAAAAAUAAAUGAGUAUCUGGAAAGAGUGCAGGCUUUACAUUCAGCAGUUCAGUCAAAGAGUGCAGAUCCUUUGAAAUCAAAACACCAGUUGGACUUAGAGCGUGCCCAUUUCCUCGUUACACAAGCUUUUGACGAAGAUGAAAAAGGGAACGUUGAAGAUGCUAUAGAAUUGUAUACAGAAGCUGUAGAUCUCUGUCUGAAAACCUCUUACGAAACCGCUGAUAAAACUCUGCAAAAUAAACUGAAGCAGUUGGCUCGACAGGCACUAGACAGAGCAGAAGCACUGAGUGAGCCUUUAACGAAGCCAUCAUGCAAAAUCAAGGCAACGAAUGUUAAACCGAAGCCACCUCCAGUGAGGGCACAUUUUCCACUAGGAACUAAUCCCUUCCUUGAAAGACCUCAGCCGUUUAUAAGUCCACAGUCAUGUGAUGCACAAGGACAGAGAUACACAGCAGAGGAAAUAGAAGUUCUCAGGACAACAUCAAAAAUAAAUGGUAUGGAAUAUGUUCCUUUCAUGAGCAUUGAUCUGAGGGAACGUUUUGCUUAUCCAAUGCCUUUCUGUGAUAGAUGUGGCAAGCUACCAUUAUCACCUAAACAAAAAGCUACAUUUUCUAAGUGGGUACGACCAGAAGACCUCACCAACAAUCCUACAAUGAUUUAUACUGUAUCUAGUUUCAGCAUAAAGCAGACAAUAGUGUCAGAUUGUUCCUUUGUGGCAUCACUGGCUAUCAGUGCAGCUUAUGAAAGAAGAUUUAAUAAGAAGUUGAUUACCAGCAUAAUUUACCCUCAGAAUAAGGACGGUGAGCCAGAGUACAACCCGUGUGGCAAGUACAUGGUGAAGCUGCACCUCAACGGCGUCCCCAGGAAGGUGAUAAUUGAUGACCAGUUACCUGUUGAUCAUAAGGGAGAAUUGCUCUGUUCUUAUUCUAACAACAAAAGUGAAUUAUGGGUUUCUCUCAUAGAAAAAGCGUACAUGAAAGUCAUGGGAGGAUAUGAUUUCCCAGGAUCCAAUUCAAAUAUUGAUCUUCAUGCACUGACUGGGUGGAUACCAGAAAGGAUCGCCAUGCACUCGGACAGCCAGACUUUCAGUAAGGAUAAUUCUUUCCGAAUGCUUUAUCAAAGGUUUCACAAAGGGGACGUCCUCAUCACCGCAUCCACGGGCGUGAUGACUGAAGCUGAAGGCGAGAAGUGGGGCCUGGUUCCCACACACGCAUACGCCGUGUUGGACAUCAGAGAGUUCAAGGAAUCUCCAUACUGUUUUCGUAAUGGCUGGACCCAAUUUACAUUCCCACCAAAAGGGCUGCGAUUUAUCCAACUGAAAAAUCCUUGGAGUCAUUUACGUUGGAAAGGACGGUAUAGUGAAAAUGAUGUAAAAAACUGGACCCCAGAGUUGCAGAAGUAUUUAAACUUUGAUCCUCGAACAGCUCAGAAAAUAGACAAUGGAAUAUUUUGGAUUUCAUGGGAUGAUCUCUGCCAAUAUUAUGAUGUGAUUUAUUUGAGUUGGAAUCCAGGUCUUUUUAAAGAAUCAACAUGUAUUCACAGUACUUGGGAUGCUAAGCAAGGACCUGUGAAAGAUGCCUAUAGCCUGGCCAACAACCCCCAGUACAAGUUGGAGGUGCAGUGUCCACAAGGGGGCGCUGCGGUGUGGGUUUUGCUUAGCAGACACAUAACAGACAAGGAUGAUUUUGCAAAUAAUCGAGAAUUUAUCACAAUGGUUGUAUACAAGACUGAUGGGAAAAAAGUUUAUUACCCAGCUGACCCACCUCCAUACAUUGAUGGGAUUCGAAUUAACAGCCCUCAUUAUUUGACUAAGAUAAAGCUAACCACACCCGGAACCCAUACCUUUACAUUAGUGGUUUCUCAGUAUGAAAAACAGAACACAAUCCAUUACACAGUCCGGGUAUACUCAGCAUGCAGCUUUACUUUUUCAAAGAUUCCUUCACCAUACACCGUGUCAAAACAGAUUAAUGGAAAGUGGAGUGGUCAGAGUGCUGGAGGAUGUGGAAAUUUCCAAGAGACUCACAAAAAUAACCCCAUUUACCAAUUCCAUAUAGAAAAGACUGGGCCACUACUGAUCGAGCUAAGAGGACCAAGGCAAUAUAGUGUUGGAUUUGAAGUUGUAACAGUUUCUGUGGUGGGAGACCCUGGUCCCCAUGGCUUUCAGAGGAAAUCUAGUGGCGACUACAGGUGUGGGUUUUGCUACCUGGAACUAGAAAAUAUACCUGCUGGGAUCUACAAUAUCAUUCCCAGUACUUUUUUGCCUAAACAAGAAGGACCCUUUUUCUUGGACUUCAAUAGUAUUAUCACCAUCAAGACAACACAGCUGCAGUGAUGGAGAAACUUCAGCAAUUGCUAGGUCUCGUACUCAGCAAACACCAAGUCUUCAAACGAGGACACAGAUCUCCAGGACACUAAACACAUCAGGACAGAAUUAAAUCUCUAAAAACGUUCCUGUGGAAUCUGGUGCUGAAGUCAGGGUAUAUGUUGAGAACUGUAUGUAGGCAGAAUUAUCCUACGUCACUUAGAAGUACCAUCUACAUGGUUUUGUGUAUAUAUGGAGUGGGCUUGCAUUUAGGGCCCACAUUGUAUUAAAAAGUGUAGAUGAUUAAAGAUUAGACUCAGUCAAGCACUGAGAUAGAUGCUCUUGCUUAGAGGGAACCAAAACCAGAGGAGGAAAAUGAGGGAUGUAAACUCACUGAGUGGAACAGUAGGCUGGGGUGAUAUUAUCAAAUAUUUAUGUUACGUUUGUCUUCUUGGCAGAGCAUGUUGUUAGGUACACCUGCUUGUGUUGCGACUCUCCUGUACAUACUGGGCAACUAACUACCAAAUGAAUCAUGUUACCAUAAGAUUCUAAUUCUGCAUUAUUUAUGACUUUAAAUGUUGACCAUUGCCCAUAGGUUAUGAAAGGAUAAAGCUUUAAGAAACACUGAGUCAGCAUGAACACGCUCCUGCUUAAGAGUGGAGGUUGCUGAGGUCAGACACCUGUCUCCCACUGACGCGUGUAAGGAGAACCGAGGUGUAUUCAUCAGUGUAGUUUUCAUUUAUCAGGUUGAUGAAAGUAGUCUGAGACAUUGACGACAUUACAAUUUAGUUUGUAUGGUCUUUUUUUUUAAUUGCUGUGU